AUGGUUGUGGAACAGCCGGAAAAAACAGAUUGGAACAUGCGAAGAGUAAGUACUAAUGUAGAAAUUACCUGUACGUUUUGAUAAAUAGUUAGACUGAUUCUUCAUGUAUAACAUAAAAAACUUUCUUGAAGUUGUUGUCUAAAAUCCGUGUUUGCAGGAGAAGGUCUUUAAAGUCGCUGAUACAGUCCACGGAAGUAUUCGGGUUAAAUAUCCAGUCAAUUUGAUCAUCGAGACCCCUCAAUUUCAACGUCUUCGUCUUCUAAAACAACUGGGAGUAGUGUACUUGGUAUAUCCUACUGCAGGAUUGACGAGAUUCGAGCAUUCUCUUGGGUAAGCCGUUCACGUGGAGCAGCUUCGUUCUUUUUAUUGUAAUGUUUUAAAAGACUAAUAUUUUUGAAUAUUAUUAUUGCGAUAUUCUUUCAGCGUUUAUCAUCUGAGCCUUCAGUUUGUCACUUUUCUGGCCAAUGAACAACCCGAACUGAACAUCACGGGCACCGACAAGCUCUGUGUCGCAAUCGCAGGCCUUAUCCAUGAUUUGGGCCAUGGUCCAUACAGUCAUCUCUACGACGGCUCGUUCUUGGGGAAGGCGUACAAUGGAGAGUCUCCAUUUAGGGUAAACACUUUAUCAGCUUCCUUUUGUGAUACUUUGCCUUAUUCAGUAAUGUAUAUAUGACUGAUGACUUUCAGCACGAACAAGGAUCAAUUAUGAUGUUCGAUUAUCUUCUAAAGGAAAACCCAGAAGUCAAAGAGGGCCUUGAUAAGUACCUUAGUGAUGAAGACUAUAUCUUCAUCAAGGAGUUGAUCGACCCUCCAGCUAAUUAUGUCGAUGGAAACGGGGAAUGGCUUUUGAAGGGACGCCCGCGCAACAAAGGUUUCCUUUACGACAUUCUCAGCAACAAAUUUGAUGGGCUGGACACUGAUAAGUUCGACUAUUUCCUUAGAGAUUCCAGAGCGACCACUGUUACUAUUCGAUUCAGCAAGGUAAUCCCAAAUAUCAAUAUUUAUAUUGAUUUAGGGUGCUCUUGACCGAAUUCAUCAGGCAGCUAAAGUUCUGAAGGUGGAGAACGGGCUUUACAGAAUUUGUUAUGCCACCAAAGUCAAGGAGAACCUGUCAGAGGCCUCGGACUCGCGAGUCGCUCUUCAUGAGUCGGUCUAUCAGCAUAAGACGGUCAUCUCCUUGGAGUACAUGUUUGUGGAAAUGCUUUUGGCUGCGGACCCGUUUCUUACAUUCAAAGGAGAAGAAGGAAGAGCAUAUAGACUGAGUGAGGCGUUCAAUGAUCCCAAAGCAUUCUCCAGAUUGAGUGAUGACUACAUUUUUGGCUUGGUAUGUAACGUCAUAGCUUACGUAAUUUUCAUUGCAGAUUCAAAACUCAGACGAUCCAAAUCUUGAACCAGCUCAAGAGAUCCUUCAGAAGAUCUUGAAGCGGAAGCAUUACAGGAAGGUCGGCCAACUCAAACUCUCGGAUGUGGAACAGUAUGAGCAGGAGAAAAGGACCUUACUCCAAUUUUACGCAACCAAUGGGAUCAAAGAAAGUGAUGUGAUUGUAAAACCAGCCACAAUGCAUCGUGGACUCGGUGUGAAGCGUCAUCCCAUCGACGAAAUCUGGUUUUACGACGCCAAAAGUCCCGUCGAACCAACGAGACCACACCAAUCUGAGGUAAAUAUAGCUGAUCAUGUCAUAUUUACCACACUUUAGCAAGUCACAAACCCCCCAGCCGGUCAUGUGAUUCUCUACUCCUUCUCCAAGAAGCCCGAAUUGAAUGAAACCCUCAGAGAGAUCUUCAGAAAGUACAAGAACAACUUUCAAUCCAGAGUAAGCGGUUGAUGUUAAGUUAGUUAUGUUGUGCAUGUCAUCCUAAGUUAUUUAGUUCUCCUGACUUUACACUCUGCCGUAAGGGUAGUUAUGAAAUAAAAUGUUCGAAUCUCAGCGUGGAUGUUAUCCUUCUCCCCGCUUGCUAAUUACUAAGCACAGACGCUAAUCUUACAUUACUAACAAUUGCGUGUAAAAUAAGACAACUAACCUCCCAUUGCUUCCUCGCUUUACUAAUCACACAUCUUAUUUCAGUUCGAUGAAUCUCAAAAGGCAUCCAAACAUUCGCUUCACUGGGAUAACAACGAAAACUGCCAAAAAGUCGCCAGAGUCCUCUGA